CUGGCCCUGGCCAAUCGCCCUGUGUGGCUAGUGUCCAUUGUACCUAGUGGUGGAAGAAGAAGAAAAUUGGCACGCCCGUUGAGGUCACAGUCGCGCGCUCAGUACGCUCAGGGACUGCAGCUGGUGAUCGCAUCUUGUUCUCACAGCACAGGGCCACCAUGGAAAAGAAGCAACGAAAAGGAAGUCAACGUGUCAGCCGCACUAGCAAUAUCUCGAAGCAUAAGCCAAAGAAACCGAAAGAUACUACGAAAGAAAAAACGUCUACAACGAGGGAUAGGCUUGAGGAACUGAUUGAUUCUCAGAAAACCGAUCCCGAUGUAACACACCAGAGGUCAUCGCGGUUCACCUCAUCCAUGAAGGACAUUUUUUCAAUGUCGCAGACGGAAAAGGCAACCAUGAGGGAGAAGGGUACUGUGGUGACGAUUGCAGUGCUCCUGGCUGUCGUCGCCAUUGUUUUGUUCUUUACCAUUUUGGCCGCUCUGCUUCGAAAGUCUCAGGACGAUAUAACGCGGCAGCCCAGGCACGUUUCAGCAACAAAGAUGGGGUCUUACAGGAAAUGGAUCGCUGUGGUAGGAACUAAGAAAUGUGAAAAAGUGCCAAGGAAAAUCUUCGCGAGGAAUGGAACCAUAGGCGACGCUGCUGUCGCAACUAUACUCUGCGUAUGCGUAGUGAUGCCGCAUAGAUGUGGCCUGGGAGGUGGAUUCUUCGCCACAUAUUACAAUAGAGCUCAGAAGAAAGCUUACGCUAUCAUCAACCGAGAGCGAGCUCCGAACGCUGCCACAAUAGGGAUGUACCAUAAACAGGAAGAUUCCGUCCACGGGCCAAUAGCGGUGGCAGUAUUCGGAGAGCUCCGUGGGUACGGCGCGAUACUUGCUACUACAGGAUCUAGCGUGCCUUGGGAGGACCUUUUCGACGAUGCCAUCAAUUACGCCCAGAAAGGCUUUGUCAUCUACGAAGAUCUUGUAAAAUUCAUGAGACUACUGGACCCUCUUCAUGCCCUAAAUCCGAAAAUUCGGAAAAUGCUGACCGAUAAAGAAGGCAAGCCAUUGAAAGAGGGGGACCUGCUUGUCAACAAAGAUUUAGCGGACACAUUACGUAACUGUUCGGUGGGAGGACAUGAUAUUCUCUCUGUUGGGCACUACGCCGAUACAAUGGCUGAUGAGAUUCGGGCGAAAGGCGGCAUAAUCACGUCUCAAGAUUUCUCCAACUUCAAACCCAUUCUGACAGAACCGGAGACGUUGGAAUUCUCCGACGGACACCAGAUAUUCACGGUGCCCUUGCCAUCGGGCGGCGUGCUGCUCGCCUACGUAAUGGGUAUAGUAGACCACUUCCGACGUGCCGACGGUACUUUGUCAGAUGAUGAAUACACUUGGCACCGAAUUAUCGAAGCGUUGAAGUUCGGUUUCGGCAAGCGAGCCAGCUUACGGGAUCCUGACGCUGUCGACAUUACAAAAGAACAGAGAACAGCUCUGCUCAAACUGGUUAAGUCUCUCGUGUCAUCGAGAGAAACGAAGACGGUUUCGUCCAAAAUUUCGGACCGCCCAGUACCUGAUACAGAAUUCUACGGACUAAGCCCAGACGAGAUUCGCGACCAUGGUUCCGGCCAAAUUUGUAUGAUAGCCCCGAAUGGUGAUGCCUUUGCGAUGACUACAACUAUCAACACUGAGUUCGGAGCAUUUUACAUGUCAAGUUCCACGGGCAUUUGGAUGAACAAUGUGAUGAACGAUUUUGCGACGCCGUACAGUGAGAAUGUGUACGGUUUGCCGCCUACGUUUCCCAACUAUAUUGCGCCUUGGAAGCGGCCCAUGUCAUCGCUGGCUCCCAGCAUUGUAAUUGACCACAAAGGCGAUGUCUCUGCGGUCAUUACAUCCACAGGAUCUGGAACCAUUCUCUCUGGUUUGGCACAGGUAUUAAUGCGGAUGAUGUGGAUGGGACACACUCCGAAGGAAGCUAUCGACUGUGGUAGGAUUCACAACCAGCUCUAUCCCGACGAAGUUCGUUACGAGGAUAUUGCUGACAAUGACAUCAUUGCCGGUCUUCGGCAUCGUGGACAUAAGGUGAAAAUGGCUCCAUGGGAAGGAAAUGUACUGGCCAUAGGUCGCGACGUCCAUGCCAACGUCUGGAAUGGAACCUAUGACUACCGCAACGAAACUUCCGGAGGGGUGGAUGGCGAAUAACAGCUGCUUUUUGUCAUUCUUUCUUGCAUUACUCAUGCAUUUAUUUUUCCCUCCACGCUUUCAUGGACUGGUUUGUGAUAGGGAAGACUGUGACCGCUUGUGUUCGCCAUAAAUUUGGUGUAGUAAGGCAAUAUCUGAGCAGAUGUGUUACAGCUGUUAGUGAUUUUAGUCUGGCCCUGCUAAAGCCGUCAAGAAUAUUUGAUAUACGAUAUAGUCCAUUUGGUUAACUUUGUGGCCCGUGGUUUAUGGGAGACCUGAGUGUUUGCUCCCUCAGAGUUGCAGCAACAAAACAGCACACUGAAGCUGGAUGUUUCCAUGUUGCUUUCUUCUGUUUGUAAUGCCUGCAAGGCAAGCACAUUUCAAAUGCAUGCUCAAGACAGAGGUGCACCUCAACUCCCCAUUUCCCAGCAUGCCAUGCAUGAGCUAGUUUCUCAGCUUUAACACCCUAAAAAGCACAAGGUUUUGUGAACAGGUUGCCCCUAAUGUACCAAAAGUCCAAAUCCAGAAACUAGCACUCACAUGCAGUGCUGAUGCAAUGUGCUACAUGGACUAUAAGUGCAUCACUGAGAAAUGGGCGCUCAGGUGUACCAAUUGAUGAUGACACACUUACAACUGUAGUAGCAGAAGUCUCAACAACUGAUGAGUAAAGUGAACCAGGAGAAUCUGGACAAUAAAAUUGUGUAUCUUCAAUA